UCUCUCUCUCUCUCUCUCUCUCUCUCUCCUGUUACAUUCCAUUCCCCUCACUGCCUUUGGGGCUUCUUCACUCUUUGUUUUUUUUUUCCACAAGUUUUUGUUAAUCUUUGAGAGUGAAUUUUCGUUUCUUUCAGCCAACAUAUCAAGAUUCAGCAGUUGAAGAAGAUGAUCAGGCCUUUGUUUUUGGUUUUAUUCUUGAUUGGGUGCGUUCUAGCACAGAAUGGGCAGCCUUCACAAAAAUGGCAGACUUUAGAUGGUUCUCAGCCUGUUGUCAUAGCGCGUGGAGGGUAUUCAGGACUUUUUCCCGAUUCCAGCCAGUUUGCAAUUUCAGUUGCCAAGACAACAGGCUUGCCUAAUGUGAUUAUUUUCUGUGAUCUUCAACUCACCAAAGACGAUGAAGGCAUUUGCCAAACGAGUUUACAACUUGGCAAUUCGACAACUAUAUUAGACGCCUUCCCAGACAAACAGAAAUCAUACAACGUAAAUGGGCAGGAUGUCCGCGGAUGGUUUGCUUUGGAUUAUACGUUUGAGGAUCUAUAUAAGUAUGUCACAUUGACACAAAACAUAUUCUCUAGAACACAUUUGUUCGAUGGUCUAUUUCCGGUAACUGGUGUCCAAGAUGCAACAGGCAUUGAGCCUCAUCACUUUUGGUUGAAUGUUCAGUAUCCCACAUUCUAUGCACAACAAAAACACGAUCCUGUGUUAUAUGUCGAAGAGGCUUUGAGAAAAUGGAGGAUAAACUACAUUUCCUCUCCCGAAAUUGGUUUCUUGAAAACACUGAGUGAAAGACUGAACAAAGCAAAGACAAAGCUUGUUUUUCGGUUCCUAGAAAAAGACACAGUCGAACCCACAACCAAACAGACAUAUGGUUCAAUUCUAGGGAAUCUUUCAAGUAUCAAGUCAUUUGCAUCUGGAAUUCUUGUUCCGAAAGAGUACAUAUGGCCCGUGAGCAGAGACCAGUUUUUGGAGGCAUCAACUACUCUUGUAUCUGAUGCUCACAAGCAAGGACUACAAGUGUAUGCUGCUGGUUUUGCUAAUGACAACAUCGCUAGUUACAACUAUAGCUUUGAUCCAGUAGCCGAGUAUCUGCAGUUUAUUGAUAAUUUUCAGUUUUCGGUUGAUGGGGUGCUUACGGAUUUUCCUUCCACUGCUUCAGCAUCAGUUGCAUGCUUAGCUCACAACAAGAAUGCUAGCAGGCCAGCUAAAGGACCUUUGAUCAUUUCUCGGAAUGGUGCUAGUGGGAUUUUCCCAGGGUGUACCGAUCUUGCUUAUGAACAAGCGAUUUCUGAUGGAGCAGACAUUAUCGAUUGUACGGUCCAGGUAUCGAAAGAUGGAGUUGCCUUCUGUUUGGAGUCGGCUGAUCUCUCAGUAGAAACAACUGCAUUGUCAACUUUCCUGGCAAAAUCAACCAAGGUUCCUGAAAUUCAAAAUGACGCUGGAAUUUUCUCGUUUGAUCUCUCCUGGAACGAAAUUCAAACACUAAAGCCUCAACUGAGGAACCCUUUUCCAGAAAGUGGAUUGAGAAGAAACCCUGCAAACACUAAUAAGGGCAAAUUUGUGACUCUAUCUGCAUUCUUAGAACUUGCUCAGACAAAGGCAGUUACUGGGAUUUUGAUCACCAUACAAAAUGCUGCCUACCUAGCAUCCAAGAAGGGUCUUGUCAUAACAGAUGUUGUUGCCACUGCCUUGGCCAACGCCACCUUCGAUAAACAACGUACUCAGAAAGUCUUGAUCCAGUCAGACGACACUCAAGUCCUUUCAAAGUUCAUGAGCAACCGGAAUUUUCAAAAAGUACUGUUAAUCAACGAGACAAUAAGUGCUGCACCAAAUAUGACAGUGGGCGAAAUCAAAAAGUACGCAGAUGCAGUUUCAAUCAGAAGAGCCUCAAUGAUUAAGGGAUCUAAUUCCUUCACCACGUCUUUCACCACUGUCGUUGACGAUAUGCACGCUGCGAAUAUAUCAGUUUAUGCCUUCCCUUUUAGAAACGAAUUCGUCAGCCUGGCGUUUGAUUUCUUUUCGGAUCCGAUGUUGGAGAUUGCGACUUAUUUGGCUCACGAUGGUCUCGGAGUCGAUGGGGUGAUGACGGAGUUUCCUGCUACAGCAAAUGCAUACUUGAGAAGCCCUUGUUCCAACCCGGACACGAAUUUGUCAUACAUCUUACCAAUUAGACCAGGCAACCUACUUCACUUGGUUCCACCAUCCAUUUUGCCGCCUGCAGAAGCCCCUGCCCCAGUCCUCGAAGUUGCAGAUGUCGUUGAUCCACCACUACCAGCUGCAUCCAACGGCUCUGCUCCCACGCCUGCCACUGCCCCAACAGGAAAAUCAGGUUCGAAUGGUGCCAAGAGUGUUUCUACUGUGGGUUUUCGUCUAUUCGCAAUCGUGUUGGCUAGUGUUCUUUACAUGGGAUCUUGAAACUUGGUUAGUUUGGUAUGAAAGUACGGUUUUCUUGAGGUGAAUUUAUCGCUAAUUCUUUUGUAACAUGUAAAUACCGAUCAGAGAUUAGAUAUAUGACAUGCUUGGGUGUGUUUUUGAAGGAAGUUCAGAUUAUAACCAUCCAAAUUGAGAAAAACUACAUUGUACA